AAAGCAAGGGAAGGAAAGGGAAGGCAAGGAAUGAGGUGAAGGUCGCGGUCGCUGUUGUCUUACUCAGGGGAUAGGAUUGAUGAUGCCGGUAGCGAUGGUGGAGGUGGUGGUAGUCGGAGCGAUGCGGGAGGGGUUGGGGUAUGUGAUCGCUGCGGAGGACGAGACGCGAGCGAGCACUGUUCGAUCCAUGAGGGAUAAUUGACCAGCAGGGAGCGCGGAGGCGAGCAGGAGGAGGUUGGUUUUUCAGGCGCGCCUUUUGUAACUCGGAGCGAGGCAAGGCGAGGCGAGGCGGAGGCGAGACGAGGCAUCGCAAGGCAAGGCAAGGCAGGGCAGGGCGACGCGGGGUGAGGUGGGGGCGGGGCGACGCAACGCAACGCAACGCCAAGCGGGUUGCUGCUUUUGUUGGCCCGAAAGGAUUGUCUGUUUUAUUCCCUCUCUCCGACGAAGCGAAGCAGGCUGCGGCGGAGGCUGGAGUGGACUGUAGAGGACUGGGAAGGAUUGUCUCUGCCUGCGCUUGCGUGGAAGGCGUUCAAUUGUCUCGGCAUCGGACUUGCAAGUCUUUGGACUGUCGUUAUAGUGUAGUGUCCUGUUCUUUUUUUUUUUUUAUUUUUAUUCUCUGCGUGGAGGUAGCAAGUUGGGAAGUAGUUUGUUCAAUUGUGGUGUGCGAUUGUUUGGCGGAAGAGUGAAGGUCCUCUACAGGAGUGCGAGCGCGCGGGGGGAAGUUGAUACAGGCCUUCUUUGGAGAAAGAUAGUGCGUAGGAGAAACAGCCGGGCAGAUGUGGAGUGUUUCGUGCGGCGAGGAGAGAGGCGGGAUAGGUUGGAUAUGCGUGGACUUGUUGGUGUUGGAGGUGGAACGCAGCGUCGCGUAAGAGAGAUUAGUACUUGGAAAUAAACAGGAGUAUUGGCAGUGGAAAGUAAGGAAGGAUGGGAGGAAGAAUCAUGGCCACCUGAGAGGGUUUCCUAUUCUUCUUCUUCACUUUAGAAGUUUGGGGUUUUCGUCUUCACGUUUUUUGAUGUCUUACCGAGGUUCAGAAAAUGAUCUACGAAUUGGCGAUAAGUACGUGGACCUUAGUAGGAAUUGCUGACAGAAGAGGUCACAUUUACUAGACUCUUUUCGAGGAUUUGAAACUGGGAGAUCUCCCCUGUAAGUAAGUGCUGAACCACGGGUGAACCAACUCAACUUUUUUGGUUUGAGGCCAAAUGGGAUCUGAGGAGCUGGACAUGGUAGGCGGAGGACCGUCUCAAAUAGUAGACAUAGGACUGUCUUCGCUUUCAGGUCGGUCCGUGCAAUCAGAUCAGUACUCGAGGAAUAUGCCAGGUCCCAAGAGGUCCGAGCCAGCGAAGAAGCAGCGUCCCGGAGAAGGAUUUGGUGACUACGCAGAUGCAGGAAAAUACUUAGGAAGAGAUAGGCCAGGUUUUCUCCAGAAUGCUGAGAGGGAUUACAGGGAAGGAGGCGAAGGGUUUCAUUUGGAACAUAGGGUACAGAAGGAGAGUGGCGGGGAGAACGACGAACGAAAGAACGUAUUUGGAAGUAAUCAGCUUGGCGUAAUGGGCGUCGGAAGAGACCAGGAUCAGUGGGGUGGAGGCGAUAGAGACGGUGUUGGUGGUGAAGGAGAUUUCAGAGACAUAGGGCUCCGAGGAGAGGGUAGUGAGGUUUCGCAGAGCGAAGGUACCGAAGAGGAAGACGAGGACGACGGUGACUUGGAAGGAGAAGGCGAAGAAGGUACGGUUGGGGAUAGGAGUAGAGAAAGUGUGCUUGGAGAUAGAACUAUUUCUCAUCCGCAAAUGGCUUCCCUCGAGGGUCGCAUGAGGCAGGAAUCCAUGAUGGCAUCAAGAGGUGUGGAAGGCUUUCAACGAACUGGUUCAGACCGAGAUAGAGUAAUGAAAGCUCCCACCUCAAGUUCUCCUCCUUUUAACAUGUACCUACAAUCUCCCGGUCUACCUUUCAUCAACUUUCAACAAGCUUCUCCUUCUGGAGCUCAUUUGGCAACUCACGUAGAAGCCAAUUCAGCACAGAACGGUGGAGUUGGAGGAGGAGGAGUGGGAUCAGCUAUGUCUGGUGGAUACGGCAUGAGGGAGGGAGGUAUUUCUCGAGACUCUUAUGCCAAGAGCCUCGCCGCCAGGGAGUGCGCGAUGGGCAGCUCUAUGCACGAACAACAAAGUCAGGGACACCUUCACGAAAGUCUUCAGUCUUCAGAAGACAAUUACUACACUUCUCUUCUUAAUUCAACGGGCUCCAACAAUAGCAGCGCUCCGAAAGGACAGGAUAUUGGAAACGAUGUCGGAGGUGGUCAAAAGCGGAAUGCACGAAUGAUGGAGUCACCUUCUUCGGCCGAGCCUUCUCUGAGGCGCAUUCUUUCCGACCCUUUCACGGGCCAGUUGAUGGAUGAUGCGUCAAUCUUCGGUUGCGGACACUCCUUCGGCAAUGCAGGUCUAGCACGCGUUAUGGAAACAAAUGUCUGUAUAACUUGUGGAGCGUCUGUGAGAGCAGCUUCGCCAAAUUAUGCUUUACGAGCUGCCGUGCAGGCCUAUAAGCGGGAAGAGGAAAACUCUGCAACCAAGUCGACGAAACGGAGAAGGGAUCGUCCUGAACAGGAUCAAGGCACCCCUGUUGAGCAGCAGCCUUCGUCAGACACAAGCAGAUCUAAGGGUGUGCAGUUUCCGUUCUCAGUGAGUGACAGGGUACUAAUCAAAGGAAACAAACGUACACCGGAGCGGUUUGUUGGCCGAGAGGCUGUUAUAACAAAUCAAUGCUUGAACGGAUGGUACCUGGUGAGGACUCUGGACAACGGAGAAAGUGUACGAUUGCAGUAUCGGUCGCUGCAGAAACUGGGAGGGCAGCCGUCUCCAAAUGCUUCCCAUUAUGCAUCUGGACCCGGGUGGCUUUGAUGAAGGGAGCAUGGCAAGAAUAUGCCCCCAGCAAUAUGGAUUUUGAUUUGCACUGCAUGUAGCGAGGGGUGGAAUUUUCUGAGAUUCCUUUGAGAAGUGGGUCAGAACGAGUCCCGGUUCUUAGAUCUAAAAGGAGGGAUUUAGAACAUGUCUUCAGAUGGUUGUCUUACUCUCAAGCGAGGGGCUUCCACAAGUCCUCAGUCCCUCUCUGAAACAAAUAUUCAGGAUGUUGAAAACGGUUUGUCCCCAGAUGCAACACACCGUCUCAUAAUUUGUUCCAGAGGGUAUUGGAACCAUCUUGGUCACCGAAGAAGCUUGGCUGAAAUCUGUCUUAUGAAUUUGUACAUACAUUGGUAUACUGGUACGGUAGAGUUCCCAAAAUCACAGGUAGUGUGCAGGAAGCUUCUUGGGUGAGUACACCUGUGUUUAGGGUUUGCCACGGAUGGAGACUUAGAGUUUCUCACUCGGGGACACAUUGUAGAGCCGCAAAAUGUAGGUAGAGAAUCAGUGUUGAUAUGGGACAUUUUGAGCAAAGCUAUUCGAGAUGGGGGUACGUGUUCUAUAUUUGGAGAUAUAUUCUUCAACAAAGGAUUUUCUGCAGCUGCAGCAGACACACAUCAGGGUCGGCCAUGGUGAUCAGACUGAACGAGUCAAGCAAGGAAGUGGAUGACCAAUGGUGAAGUCUGGUUUUGUACAAAACAAAAAACUUUACUUUUGAUGGUUAGGUGUACUACUGGAGCCCUGAGCAGGCAGGGUAAAUACUUACAUAGGAAGAGCACAGCUGGCCCACUUCGACUAGUUUCUCGGUUAAGGUUUCUAUCAGUGGGUGCCUGAGAAAGUUCCAUUAGCCCAUCAACGUUUUACUUAUGUUGGUGAGGAUGAAGGGUGCUCUCUGUUGUAAUUUUGUAACCUUCAAUUUUGAACUCAACCAUGUAAAACUGUGUGUGUGUGUGUAAGCGGUUGGGGUUACAGUC